AUGAGUGCGUCGCCUCGCCCACGCGCAACGCCGGGCCUGGCGCGUCACGCUUCACGUCCGUACCACACCCCCAGCACUGGAGUUUUCGCCCUUUUGCCUCAAUUUCUGGUUCCGUGGGCUGAAUUGAUGCACCUGAAUCAGCCAGAGGGCUAUCUUGCUUUUUAUUGGCACUACGCCAUCGGCCUGGCUUUUGCAGCCUGCAUUGCGGCACCACACCCACCACCCCUUUCCGCAUUCAUCACAAUCGCUGGCUAUCUUUCUGUCUGGGUUUUCAUCUUCCGCGGCGCAGUCUGCACUUGGAAUGAUAUUCUCGAUGAAGUGUUUGACUGGAAAGCGACUCGGACGCAGCUCCGCCCGUUAUCGCGCGGGGCACUUUCCAUGGCCCAAGCCCAGAUUUUCCUCCUCCUGCAGGUGAUUCUGCUUGGGAUCCUUCUCAUACCGCUUUCAACUGCUUGUCUUAUAUAUGCAGACAUUAUGGCUAUGGUUUUCGCUAUAAACCCUCUGGUAAAGCGGAUGACGCAUUUCUCACCGUUCGUCCUGGGGGCCGGAUUCGCCGUCCCAAUCCUCAUGUCUUGUGCGGCGUUUCGUGCAGACCCUCUACUGCAAGCUUUGCUAGGCAUGGAUCUAGAUGAGGAUGAAAAUGAGGGCUCACGGGCAUCUUCUGCCUACUUGGUCGGCGCUGCCUGCUUAUACCUGGCAAGUUUGCUGACUACCGUCAUUUUCGAGUCCAUCUUCGCCCAUCAAAAUAUCAAAGAUGAUCUGAAAACCGGUGUGAGGUCUUUAGCGUUGUAUCUCGGACCACGAGCAAAACAGUGGCUCUCCUUCCUAGCAUCGAUACAGGUUUGCCUCACCCUCGCGGUAGGCUUUAGUUGCGGAUUUUCCCUUCUCUAUUACACGAUCAGCUGUGGGGGGUUGGCAAUCUCACUAGCAUCUUUAUUAUACUUUGUGGAUCUGACGAGCCCAGCGAGCUGCGCUCUUGUCUUCCGGCAAGGGUCAAUAGCUGUGGGAUUGACUCUCACCAUCGGCCUUCUGGCUGAAUACAUGUAUAGGUCAUUACUGUCCAUAGCAGGAGAAUGA